UGGACGAAGACGUCUGAAUGAACCCAAUAAAGAAGUGUACUUAUAUCAAAGUAUACAAAUAUUUUACUAUCAACUAUCGAAGUAAAUACAAAACAUCUGCCGUUUAUCAAAUGGCAAUCAGAUAUUUAUAUGGUAUAAAUUAAAUUAAGUGCUCAGGUUAUGGCCUAUAAUUGAAUGUUGCGCAUAUGCAAUACAUUAUCUUUAUUAUCUCAGUAAUUAGAUAAUUCCUAUGUUUAUAUAAUGCUUAGAACACAGAGUUUUUUCAUCAGACUAGAUUAUUUUCUUUACAUUAUUCGGAAGAUAUCACCUGCUUGAAAUUACUACUUCAUACCAUUCUCUUCUUUUAUUAGGCUAGAAAAGUAAAAGUUAAACAGAUGUUGGAUUAUUUUUGGCUUUCAAGUAACUCCUUUAUUUGUAUUGAAUGAAGAGGGCAAUUAUUUUUUGUGAUAAAUCACUCAUAAACUUUACAGCUUAAAUUUUUAACUUUAUUUUAUCUUCCUUAUUAUUCUGCAAUGUGUAGUGGCAAGAUGUAUAGUGUCAGAUACCAUGUUAAGCCUACAUAGAUUAUUCCAGCCUUUGGAUAGAUCAGUCUAUUUAUUCUACCUAAGCUACAUUUUAACCUUGUCAAUAAUUCACUUAUCAACCUUGAUUGUUUUUAUGUGAGCGUAUGCGUGUGUUCAUUUCUUAUCCUAUACAUUACAUGUCUGUAACUUAUUUUUAUCUGGCUAUAAAUAUUGGUUCAUGUUUGAUUAAAUUGAGUUGGUUCACGCGUCAUUUAACCCCGCUCUUUUCUCUUUGCUUCCUUCGCUUUGUUCCUCUGAUUAUCUGUCCAGAUCAAUGAGUGUACAAAUACAUGUAUUCGAAAAUCCAUUCUCGUAUUCGACUUAUUUAAUUCCAUUAUUCACUAACGUGGAUUAGGUCAAUAAUUAUAUACUAGGAUAGCCGACAUGUAUAUUUCAGUAACAAUCAUUUACAUGAUCAACCUGGAGUCAGAUUUGGAGCCACAAAAGAUAUACCCAUGCAUAUGAUAGAUGUAUAUUUAGCAGAUCAAAAUUAAGCAGCACAAACUGAAAGUAUUUGUUUUUUCUUCCAACCUAAUAAUUACACAACAAUUUUUUCACUUUUUUUUCUAGGUUGUUGUGUAUUUUUCUGUUAUUCAUGUUCAGUAUGUUUAAUGUAUCGUGAUUAUGGAGAAUGUUGUUGUGCACCAUUAAUCGUACCGGCAUCUGAAUUUGUACUGGGAACACAGCAUCGUGCACGUCAAAGAAUUAAAGGUGGAAUAGCUUCAGACUGCUGUCAAUGGAUAUGGUGUUCUUCAUGUUAUGUAUGCAGACUGAGAAGAGAUAUGAACUAUACACUAAGUCAGCUGGGCACUUUAAUUUAG